AGAAAGUAGGAGUCGAACUGAGCCUUCAACUCUAGCUAUAUAGAGCUCUCUCACGUCCUAAAAACUGAAUAUAUAACUAGUGAAUGAGUUACAUAUUCAGUAUUGGUGUAGCUUGUAAUUGUGCGUUACCAAUCCAUACACCAUACUAGAUGUUAGAAGCUAUUACCUAACACUUGCCCACUCUCUUUCUUCCAGUGUACAUAGGCCAUAAAGAAAAAAAAAAAGAAAAAAGAAACAGCCCUCUAUCUUAGCCACAGCACUCUUGCUAUGCGUUUGUUUUUUUUGGUAAACCGCAUUCUUCUUUCGAGAAACACGCAGAGUGUCUUUCUUUGUUGAAUUUGCACUACGUAUUACUGUUCAGCCAGGUUAGAGAUGAGAAGGUUGAACAAUCUUCGUUUGGUAGCCAUUCUACUUAUCUUCAGAUUGCAUGUUAAAUGCAUGGCUCAGUCUCAAACGGGGAGUAAUAAUAAUGGUAUUUUCGCCAAAACAAAUGGAACCCAUUUCGUAAUGAACAACAAGUCCCUCUACUUAAACGGAUUCAAUGCUUAUUGGAUGAUGUACAUGGCUUCUGAUCCAUCAACUAGGGAGAAAGUCACUUCUGCAUUCCAGCAAGCAGCCAAGAACGGCAUGAAUAUAGCUAGAACUUGGGCUUUUAGUGAUGGCGGUUAUAGAGCUCUCCAAAUUUCUCCGGGAUCCUACAAUCAAGACAUGUUUAAGGGAUUGGACUUUGUGAUUUCAGAAGCAAGGAAAUACGGGAUAUAUGUGAUUUUAUGCUUGGUGAAUAAUUAUAAAGAUUUUGGAGGUAGGCCACAAUAUGUUCAGUGGGCAAGGGAACGUGGCCAGCAAUUGACUGCCGAUGACGACUUCUACACGAACCCUAUUGUCAAAGCAUACUACAAAAACCAUGUCAAGGCUGUGAUCACGAGAAUCAACACAAUAACAAGAGUGGCAUAUAAAGAUGAUCCCACCAUCUUUGCAUGGGAACUAAUGAAUGAACCUCGUUCCGAUGACUCUCCUGCUGGUGCACAAAUUCAGGAAUGGAUAAAAGAAAUGGCAGCCCACGUCAAAUCAAUUGACAGCAACCAUCUACUGGAAAUAGGGCUUGAAGGAUUUUAUGGGAAAUCAAGGAAGCAGUUCAAUCCUGGUAAUUACCUUUUUGGGACUGAUUUUAUCUCCAACAAUCGAAUUCCUGAUAUAGACUUCGCCACCAUUCAUCUCUACCCUGAGCAAUGGUUGCCAAAUUCAAGUGAAGAAGAGCAGGCUGCAUUUGUGAACAAAUGGGUCCAAGCCCAUAUCGAAGACUCCAAUUUGGUUAUUGGAAAACCACUUAUUAUUGGCGAGUUUGGCAAGUCUUCCAAGAUUCCUGGAUACAGCUUGGAAAAAAGGGACAGCUACUUUGUGAAAAUAUAUGAUGCAAUAUACAGCAGUGCGAUUACUAGGGGACCAUAUGCUGGUGGCCUUUUCUGGCAACUCAUGGCCCAAGGAAUGGAUAGUUGGGGUGAUGGCUAUGAAGUUGUGUUGGAGGACUGCUCCUCUACUGCUAGUAUCAUUGCUCAACAGUCUGGCAAGCUAUCAUCUAUUAUAUAAAGAUGUAAUAACAGUUGAACAGAAAAAAGAAAAAGACUAAUGCUCUAUUUACUUUAUUGGUAGUUUCAAUUCACAGGACGAUGGAAAGUUGUGAUUCAAAGUUCCAUCGUGGUGAAAUCCUAAAAAAAAAGGGUUCAGGUACACGAUGAUCAAUCAAUUCUGCUUAGCUUAUUCCACCUAGUAAAAACCUGUUCCUGAUCUCUCUUUUAUCUACAUGUAUGCAUCUUUGAUGCUCCCUUUUGCCUUCACUUGCUGAAGAAUAAACGAUCCUAUAUGAUUGUCCCA